GUAGUUCUUUUACGUCAUUUAAAUAAAGUGAUGUGUAGAAGUGGAGACGUGAAAUUAUUAACUUUUUAAUUAAUAUUAAAAAAUGAGUACAAAAGUUAAAACUGUUGAAAGAAAUGGAACCUCGAGGAGUGUAGAACUGAGAUCGGUAUUUACUCGAGCGAUAACAGCGAAUUCAGAAUGGCCUGACAAAGAUGAGUUUCUAGAUGUGAUAUAUUGGGCGAGACAAGCAAUAGGAUUAAUCCUUGGUAUUGUUUGGGGCUUAAUUCCAUUGAAGGGAUUUCUAGGUUUAUUACUAUUUGUAAUAGUUAAUGCUGCUGUUAUAUACUUCUACUUUAGUAGUUUUCAAUGUGUUGAUGAAGAGGAGUAUGGGGGUGCAUGGGAGUUGACUAAAGAAGGUUUUAUGACCUCAUUUGCAGGAUUUUUGGUUACGUGGAUCAUAAUAUACUCAGGUUUAUACCACGAUAGUGAACAUUUAUGAGGCGAGUUGUUUUUCCAAAUAUAUUUUGUAUCAUUUUAAGCAAGAAACAACGCCAUUUAUUUUGUUUCUAUCAUCUUUGUUUUUAAGAAAAGGUAAAUAAACAAUGUUUUCAAUAAUAAA